AUGGCCAUCCCUAAGCGUUCCCUCAGCGAGCUCAUGCAGACCAUCAAAGCCAACAUCAAAAGGUACCGCGCAGAACAAGCCUCUCUCCCUCUCUCCCUAUCUCUCCCUGCGACUGGCCGCUGGCACGGCAAAGCGACGACAACGACGAUGAUGUCAAGCACGAUGGAAGAGCCAGAGAUGGAAUUCACCAGCCGCACCGCGGACCAGGAAGUCUGCGCGGUCGAGAUCUGCCCAGAUCACCCGGAAUACAUGGUCAUCGGCACGUACUCGCUGGUCAAGAAGGACGAGCGACGCGACUACGAGGCACAGACCCGCCGAGGCACACUACAGGUGAUGCCGGUGGCCGCUCACUUCCAGCCCAAAUACGCCGGCAUGCUGGCGCCUCACCUCGACAGGGUCGAAUUCCCCUGCGCCGUGUUGGAUCUGCACUUCCACCCGGCCGACGGCACGCUGCUGGGCGUCGCCGCCAGCAAUGCGCAGAUGUACUUCUUCCGCCUGGUCAAGCAUGGCGACGUCCUGGGCCGGCGCGUCAUCACCAAACUGCUUCCGCUCGGCACCGCCACCAUCGCCGACCCGGACGACCACGGCCUCGUCCCGCUCGUCACCCAGUUUGCCUGGCUCCCGGAAACGCGCACCCACGGAGUGUCAGGGAUCAGCGACGUCCAGCACAUCUCGGUCGUGGCCACCACCUCGCUGGGCCACACCCGACUCGUGGACGCCGCGCUUCCCGCCAUCAAAGACUUGUUUGACGAGCGUGUCUCGCAGCCUCGCGAGCCAUUGUCCGUCAUGGCCAUCGACGUCCAUCAACAUGACCUCGAGGCCUGGACGGUCGCCGCCAUCACCCUCCCUGCUGCCACGGCCACGGCCACGGCUGCGGCCACGAUGUUCGAACCCGACUCUGCACUGUCCAACACAUCCUGCCGCCUGAUCCUCAGCGGCGGCGAUGACAGUGCAUUGAUCGCCUCGGUGGUCGAAACGCCUGCAGACUCCGACACCCCGGCACCGACACCUAAUAUCUUACCUCUCUGGAAAGACCGGCGCGCGCACACUGCCGGCGUGGUGGCUAUUCUCCCGCUCGCCAGUUUUCGCGUUCGCGGCUUGGCCAACGACCACGACCACGGCCACGGCCACGGCCACGGCCACAGCAACAGCACCAGCACCGGCAACAACGGCAACAAUACUAAUAACAAUGGACUCGAAGCUACACGAGACACCGGCAUCGUCCCUCUCAUCACCGGCAGCUACGACGAGUUUAUCCGCCUCUACGAGCUCGACGGCAACACGUACCCGUACCGCGCGACCUUGAAGACGGAACGACGCCUCGACGGUGGCGUGUGGCGACUAAAAGUUCUCGACCAAUACGACAGCUAUGGUGGUGGUGGUGGUGGUGAUCGUGAUGGUGGUGGUGGUGGUGGUGGUGGUGGUGGCAGCAACAGUGCCAGUAACAACGACAAUGACAGCGACAACACUGACCACCAGCGACAAUCUCACACCCUGAUCCUCGCCUCGCUGAUGCACGGCGGCGCCGCCAUCCUGCGCCUGACCUACACCUACAAUGCCUACGGUUCCGGGGCCCCCAACACAGAGAGAGUGGGUGUAUGGUCCAUCACUCCACUGGUCACGUUCCGCGCCGGCCACGAGAGCAUGGUGUAUUGCUGCGAUGCGCGGCUUGAGAUUGCUGAUUCCAACACCAACACCAACACCAAUUCGAACACCAAUUCCAAUCCUAAUCCCAAUCCCAACUACACGGACGUUACACUCAACUCCGAGCACGACACACCACCACCACCACCACCACCACCGCCCACCUACACGGUCGUCAGUACCAGCUUUUACGACAUGAAGAUCUGUACGUGGACGUUUGUCGAUCGGUUCAAAGCAGACUGCCGACGUCAAGAGCAGACCAGACCAGAUCGGGCCUGA